CGACCAGAAGCGGAAGUAGCUGAUCUGAGGUUCCUUUAGCCCAAGGCGUGCACCUAGGUGAGGUAGCCGCGGCCCUAGGUGCUUCAGCGGGGAAACUGAGGCGGAGGUGGAACCGGACGCUGAAGGGCGAGCCCCGAGGGGCGGGGCAGGGCGGGUGUAUAGGAGUUCGCUGGGCGGGAGGAAUGGCCCUGGCAAGGUCCGAGAGGUGAACGCCCCGUCAGCUCUCCUUCGCCUGUAGGGAUGGGCUCCAAGGCCAAGAAGCGUGUGGUACUGCCCACCCGCCCGGCGCCCCCCACGGUGGAGCAGAUCCUGGAGGAUGUGCGGGGGGCGUCCGCCGAGGACCCCGUCUUCAUCGCGCUGGCCUCAGAAGACUCUCCAGGACCCUCCGGGAUGGCUGAGAACCCUGAGGACCAGCGGGAGCAGCUCUACCAGCAGAGCCGGGCCUACGUCGCUGCCAACCAGCGGCUGCAGCAGGCGAGCAAUGAGCUAAGACAGAGGUGUGAGGACCUGCAGCGAGCCGGCCAGGAGCUAGAGCGGGACAUUGGCCAGUUGAAGCAGGUGGUUUUGCCGGGGGCUGCAGCUGCCUUCUUGGGUUGACCUGGUCCUGAAACUCGCCUGAGCACAUCGCCCCCCCUGGGCAGGGCCCCCCCGGGCAGAGCAUGCAUGGCCCACUGGAACAUUUUACCCUCCCCAUAAUACCUAGCCUGGCACACCUCAGACAUGAGCCUCUGUCCCAGAAGCAUAUUCCAGGCUCUCUGUUCCAUGGACUAGGGACCCCAGGAGACAGAGCCUGAUGGUGUGUGGCUUCAGCAGGGACAGUGCUGCCUCAGCUGCCUGCCUGAGGGUUGGGUCAGGCCUUGUGGAUGUUGCUCACCCCUAGGCUGCUCUCCUAUGACCCGAUUGCCGUCAGAAUGGCCUUGGUGUGAGGCCCCAGCACCCUUCCUACCCUCCCUUCCUCUGGCGACUCUGCUUCACUGACCCAUUAGACUGAAUCUGUCUCUGUCUGAACUACAGCGCCCCAGAGGUUACAGAAGAGGAUAGAGGUUCUUUGCCCUUCUUUCCCCCGGUAACCCUGGCCAUGUGAGGAGCAAUUGCCCAGCAGGGCCCAGAUCUGAAAUGGGGCCUCCAGUGGCCCCCAAGCACCCCAAUCUAAGGUGUGGGCGCUCCCCCAGGGCAGCACUUGUCUGUCUGGUUCACUGUCAGGGUGCAGGACCAACCUGUUGGCUGUGGGAUCUAUCAGAUGAGGGUGCUAGCCUGGGCUUCCAUGGUAAGACAAGCUGGUCAGUCACCCAUCCUGAGCCUUUAUCCGGCUGUUUCCAUCCUGGCAGACUAGGCCCAUCGUAGAUGUACCCACUGAGUCCCUGCUGAAAUCUCUGCUGCCACUGGCCACCUGGAUUGUGCCUCUGUGAGCCACUCCUUUGCAGGAGUCCCCAGGAACUCAGAGAAGCACUAGAACCCACAGGCAGGGCCCUGACAUGGAUGACCCCAGCAUCCCAGGAAGGGUUUCUCUUUCCCCUGAAGAAGGGGUACCUGCUUAAGCCUGACAGACCCCUGAAACCUUUAGGGGCACAGGCAUUCGGCAGUCAGGACAGUGGACAGCAAGGCUCCCUGUCCAAGGACCCUUGGCCUACCUGCUUAUGUCUCAAAGGUGCCCUGCUGUGCAUCCUCCAGAGGUCCGUGCUCUACCCCCCCCCCCCCCCCGCCCCAGGAUCAGGUGGAGACACUCUCGCUACCUUCCCCUGCACACUCGCUCAUCCUGAGUGCUUUCCCUGCACAAAUCCUGCAGCCUGGCUUUGCCUCCCAGGGCAGGCAACCUGGGUGGAAAACCCUCAAAAAGUCUUCCCUUCCUGAGUCCUCACCCAUUUGGAAACAGAACUGCAUGGAGUGUGAUUCAACAGCUCCAUUUAUUAAAGGUGCACAUAAGA